CUCGGACUCGCUAACAUAGACUAUCCCGGACCUGUUUUCGUGCGAUUCACGUUAAACCCAAACCAAGAUGUCGAAUAUGGCGCUAUAGCAGUCGAAUUAAUAUAGAAAUCGCAUUUUUUAGACGUAGAAAAUACGCGCAAACUACGGGGUGUUUAAUUCCGCGAGCGCCUUUUUGUGAUAAAACCGUUUUCGACGCCAACUGCGAAAUCGUCGGGUCGGAAAUCCACCACGUUUUCGAAUUUCGACACGUUUUUUUUUCGUCGUUCAAUUAAAUUCGCUGAUUAUUGUGAUAAAAUGCUUUCGUUCGGUUAUUGUGAAGAACGGUGAUACUGCGUUUCGAUAUCGUACGUGGCAAAGUAAUAUAAAGAAACGGAAUUUCCGGUGAUAUUGUGUCGAUAUUCAGCCCUUCACCUGCGAUUCGAAUUGCGCCCGUUUUCCGGAAAAUAUGUGCAUCAAAUAAAUCGAAAAUCCGCUUACAUAAUUAACCCGAAACGUAAACGCUACAACGCGAAGAUGGCCAUGGUUAACGGACAAUGAUGUGAAUCUAUCGUAUCUCUGCAGUGUCGCUGUUGUGAGUUUCCCUUAAAUUUUAUUGUGCUUAAAUGUGUAUGCUAUGGAAAUUCAUUCCAUGAGGAUUAAUGAUCAUGGGCCAGUUCAGACAAAUACAAUGUCAUACCCUCAAAGGCAAACUCAAAAUCAUAGACCCAACCACAGUCAAACGGCGACGCAUUCGGCCGCCGACAUAUACAAGCCAUCCAGGUCCCCCAUAUCGACUGCAGCGGCCCGCUACCCUUACCCAUCCUCGCCCCAGCUGCAGCCACCGCCCCAGAAUGCUCCACCUCAACAGCAGCGCUACCAGCAAGCGCCGCAACAGCAACAACCGUCUCCGGCUCCGGUACCGGUGGCGGUGUCGCAGCCGCCGCCUCCGCCCAUCAUAUCCAGCGUCUUCCAUCGCGACUACCGGCAGAACAGGAUAUCGCUGUUGCAUCCGGAAUACGGGCCGGGCGGCCGGCACAGGCCCGACCACCACCAACCCAACGUCCAGCCGGGAGUGGUGUGCGUCGACGGCGGAGGAGGAGGCGGGGGCGGCGUGGCCGGCAUUGCCGGCGGUGGAGGACUCGCGAGCGGCCAGCAACCGUUGAAGAAGAUGCGCCUGCAGGACAAGGAGGGCGUGAUGCCUUUUAUCAUUGACACACGGGAACAGCCGCCGGGGGCGUACAAUCCACCGGUCGAGGCCAUUUCGCCGACGCCAGAACAGCUGAAUCAGGAUGACCAAGCAUUCCGGACCACCAAAGACGAGCUCAUCCAGCAGAUAGGCCGAGUGGACAGGGAGAUCGCCAAGGCCGAAUCGGCGAUAUCCAUAUUGAAGAAGAAACAAGCCGAAUUGGAGGAGAUCGCCAACAAGCCGGCCAUCAAAUCCGAAGUGGAAGAGGACACCACGCCGAAACACCAGAGCUUACUCCAGAAAAUCUACGCGGAGAACAGGAAGAAGGCGCAGAGCGCGCACGCGCGGCUCGACUCGCUGGGUCCCAAGGUGGAAUGGCCGUUGUACAAUCAGCCGAGCGACGCUCCGAUUUACCACGAGAACAAGCGGCGCAACGUGGCGUUCAAGCGCCGGCUGUUGGACUACUUCAAGAAGAGGAACACCGAGAAGGAGUCGAGGAACUCCUAUCUGACGGACACCUACAGCAAAAUGAUGCAGGACUGGCUGAGGAAGGUCGACAAGAUCGAAUCGAGUACGAAGCGGAAAGCGAAAGAGGCCAAGAAUAGGGAGUUCUUUGAGAAAGUUUUCCCGGAAUUAAGAAAACAAAGGGAAGAUAAAGAACGGUUUAACAGAGUGGGCUCUCGAGUGAAAUCCGAGGCGGACAUGGAGGAGAUCAUGGACAACCUGCAGGAGCAGGCGAUGGAGGACAAGAAGAUGCGUAGCUACGCCGUCAUACCGCCCAUACUGUUCGAUCAGCGCGAGAGGAGGAACAAAUACGACAACAACAACGGCUUCGUCGAGGACAUGGAGGCCGUGUACAAGAGCAGGCAGUUCCUCAACGUCUGGUCGAACACCGAAAAGGAGAUAUUCAAGGAGAAAUACCUGCAGCACCCGAAGAAUUUCGUCGUUAUAGCGUCGUAUUUAGAUAGAAAGUCGGUCGCCGACUGUGUACAGUACUAUUAUUUAAGUAAAAAGACAGAAAACUAUAAACAAUUGUUCAGGAAGGCCAGACAACGGACGAGGAGUUCGAGGAACAAUGCUCAGAAAGUUAAUAGUAGUGCCAAUACGUCUGUGGUCGAUAUCUUGACGACAGGUGUAACGACCCGUCUCCAGCGCGAGCAGCAAGCCAGAACGGUGCAACCGUCUCGAAGCGAGCCCGCCAGCCAGCCGACGCCGACGAACGGCGAGCCGCCGGCGACGGCGGCCACGCCGCCCGCCGCCUCCACGCCCACGCCCGGCGCCGCGACCUCCACGCCGGCCGCGACGUCGGUGGCGAGCCCGCCGGGCGCGGCGACGACGACGCCGACGACGGCGGGCGCGAUGCCGACGGCGUCGCCCGCCACGGCGUCCACGUCGUCGGAGAUGGCGGCCACCAGCACUUCUGUGAUUUCGAGUAGUAGUAGCGGCGCGUCGUCGGUGGUGGUGACGCCGUCGGUGGCGGCGACCAACGCGGACGGGGACGGCGCGACGGCAGCCGCGGAAUCGGCGCCGCCGGCGUCGAGCUCGUCGGAGGAGGCGAAGCCGAAGAGUUUCUUAGGGUUCGCCGGAGCGACGGCGGCGACGUCGUCCGACGACGCCUCGAAUAAGGGCGGUUACGCGGCGAGCGAGGACGGCGUCAAAACGGGAAACGGGAAUUCGAUUGGACAGGACGGUGUUAAGCAGGAUAUGAUGGUGGAUGGAGUGUCUGUUAAAAAAGAGGUGGAAUCUCCUCAGGAAGUGAUAAGUGAACAAAACAUGACAUCUACAUUAGGUGAAAACAAAAAGAAGAAGGAAAGAAGAAAAGAAAAAGAUUCUCACAUUGAAACUAGCGACGAAGAAGCUAAUAAUUUACAAGAUAAAGCAGUUCAAGGGAUUUGCGUGGUGUGCCAGGCCCAGCUGGGUCCCCAGCUCCAUUCCAGACCUCUGAUAGCGAGCCAGGCGUCGAUAUACGGGCUGCGCGAGGAGCAGGUGCCGCCCAAUUCGCGGGUGUGCAACACGUGCCGGUGCAAAUCGGUGCGUUCGCGCUACACCCACUGCCCGCUGCCGUCCUGUCCGAAUUCCAGGGGCCGCGUGAAGCGGCUCCGAUCGCUGCCCGAUCGACUCCAAGACCUGCCCGUCGACGUGAAGGAGCCGCUGCUGGCCGAAUUUCGCGUGCCGAACGGCGUGACGAAGUGCUGCUCGGCCUGCUACAAUCGCAUCCAGCGACGCUUGGGCCCCGUCGAGGACUGGUCGGAGGAGGAGUUCAACAAAUUGAAGGCAGCUCUCGCCGAAUUGGGCACCAAUUGGCCGCUGAUCGGCGAGCGCUUGAACAAGCCGCCGCAGAAGGUUAAGAUGUUCGUCAACGCCAAUCGCAAGAAGUUGAAGAACUGCUUCGGCGAGGAUCGCAAGCCGGCGCUGUCGACGGACGAGGAGAGCGGCUCGAGCACGUCGAGCUGCGACGAGCCGCUGAUCGACGGCGACCGGCAUUCCAGCGAUACGGCGAGCGCGGCCGAGAGCCCGCCCAUUCGAGGGCUCAACGACGGCACGGCGAAGAAGGUCGACUACGAUUCGAGCGCCACCGAAACGGCGGACGAGGCGCAAACGCCCGAUCACUACCAGGCCGCCACCAUAACGCCGGUGGCCAACGACGGGCAGCCGUUGAGCGUUAAAGAUCUCGUAUUAAAUGUGAUAGAAUUCUCUUUGAUGAAAAACACCGGGGGUCCGCACCAGACGCAGAAUCCCCCGACCAGCGGAAUGGCGCCGACGAUUUCUUCUAUAUUAAAUAACGAUUCCAAUGAAGUAACUAUAGUUAGCGAAUAUAACCUUAACAAUUUAAACAACCAACAACGGCAACAGAUCCAGCAACGGUCCGAUUUGAACCUGGCCAAAUUGGUGACGCCGCUGAUCGGGGCGACGAUCACGCCGGUGUCGGGGCCCGUUCAAGCGCAGCCCCAGCCCGAGCCCAUGCAAACGUCGCGCGACGAUUUGAUCGUGUUGCAAGUGCAGGACGGCCGCGAACCGGAAACCUUAGAUCUCAGCAUUAAGAAACCGCGCGAACCGCCGCCGCCGGCGCACAAUAAGCAACACCAAACGCCGCCGCUGCAGCAGCAACAGCAGCCCAUCCACCGGUCCGAUCCCUAUCUGUACCAUCCGGGCCGAAAGAGCCCCGCGUUCUCCGUCAGAAACCAAUCGAAAAUAUCUAGUCCGAAACCGGCCAAUCCCAAGACGGGCUCGAUCACGCUCGGCACGCCCAUCAUGUCGCAGCCGCGCUACGAGGUCCUCAGACAGAUGCCCGACACCAAGAUGGGAUCCAUCACGCAGGGCACGCCGGUCAUUCCGCACAACAUGCAAGAGAAGCGCGUGUACGAUUACUACAAUAAGCGAGGCGUCGUGCAACCGCAACAACAGCCGCCGCCUCAAAACCAACAGAUCCCCUAUCCGGGCCAGUACAGACAGCCGGCGUACAACGUCGAACAGCAGCUCAGCUCGCGGCAGAUCAUCAUGAACGAUUACAUUACGUCGCAGAUGAUCGGCAGACGGAACGACAAAACCCAGUAUUACCCCGCCAAUUCGCCGCAUCGCACGCCGCCCCCGCCGCAGCCCGGCCAACAGCAGAGACAGGGCGUCAUCCAGAGACACACGAGACCGCAAUAUUUGCCGCCGGGCCACGAGGCGCUCUCCUCGUUGGUGGACGUGGCCGUGCAACAGCCGUCGCUGCCGGUGCCCGGCGCCCACGAGGGCCUCGGCAAAACGAUGGCCGACAACAUCCUCGAACAACCGCACCGCUACCAGCUGACGCAGCACCAACAACAGCAGAUCAGGCAGCAGCAACACCGCAUGGAGGAGCAGCGACGGGCGGCGGCCUACCACCAGUCGCAGCAACAGCAACACCAACAGCAGCAACAGCAACAGGUGCAGGUGCAGCACCAGCCGAACAGGCAGCCGCCGCCGCGCUCCGACAGCACCCUCACCGCCGCCAGUCUGAUCGACGCCAUCAUCACGCACCAGAUCAACCAAACGGCCGAGGGCGGCAGGGAGGUGGUGACGAACGCCAGGGAGCAGCGGCCGAGCGACCUGCUGUUUCGGGAUUUCCACCGCAGCGAGCCGCAGCCGCAACAGCCGCAGGACAACGGCGACCGGCCGCCGUCGGUGAUCAGCGUCGAUUUGGACGGCGAUCCGAUGAACAAGAACCUGACGGUGAAGGAGCUGACCGAUUCGGUGAUCAGCCACGACUUCGGCGCCCGCCAGCCCUACUAUCACCUGCAGGAGAACGUGAACGAGCAGUGGAAGCGGCGCAUCCAACAGCAGCAGCAGCAGCAGCAGCAUCAACAGCAGCGCCAGCAGCAGCACCACAACGACGACAAGCGCUCGCAGACGCCGCUGCAGGACGAGCGGCAGAUCAUUCGGAUCGCGCAGCCGCAACAGAAGUACAUGGAGCGCGUGGAGCCGGUAUCGCCGCCGGAGAACAACCAUUGGUCGGAGCAGAAUUUCCGCCGGUACCCGCAGAACCAGCCGCAGAUUAUCGAUUACGUGAAGAACAGGAUCGUGGAGGUGAUGCGCACGGAGGACGACAACAAGAAGGAGACGCUGCAGGACGGGUCGCAUUCGCAGGAUAAGGAGCGCAGCGACAGUCCGGGGGACAUGGUGAUCGACGAGGAGAAGCACGAGAGCGAUUUCGGGCAGCCGCAGCAGCCGGGCCAACAGCCGCCGGCCGGGUUCUAUUCGUUCAUACAUAAAGAUUCCACUGCCAAUGACGGUUCGAGGAACAUCGAACCGAAACCUUUGUUGAGUGCGCAGUACGAGCCGCUUUCCGACGAGGAUUAACGUUUGAAGAUGACUGUGUUUUAGACGUUUGUUUCGAAAAAAAGGUUUUCUUCUUGUCUGUACAUAUUUUUAAGUGAUAAGUGAUAUUUUAGGAUAUGUUUAAUGUUAUUUACACUUGUAAUAUUUGGCCCUCGAUUGAAUUCAUUCUUAUUAGUUUCGUUUCGAAAUAUGAACGCGUGGUUUGUGGUACUGAAAUUGCUUUUUCUUACGUUUGACUGAAUAUCUUCAGAUUGAUUGAUGAUGGAUUUUGUAUUUAGCGUAUUUUUAUGUGUACCGUCUUUGAACCCGUUUCGUUUGUAAUGGGGUUUACGUAAAAUCACUCUGGGGAUAUAAUAUAUUCGUGCAAGGUGGAUUUGCACAUUUUAACCGACAGUAAUUUCCCUCAAACGUAUCUAAAUUAUUUCCUGAUGACACCGAUAUAAUUUUAUUCUUGUCGUCCACAC